AUGCGGCCGGGGGGCGCGCUGCUCGCCCUGCUCGCCAGCCUGCUGUUGCUGCUGCUGCUGCGCCUGCUCUGGUGCUCCACCGACGCGCCCGCUCGCUCCAGGCUCUCGGUGGAGGAGAGCAGGGACGCCACCCGCGGUACCCCCGCCGCGCUGAGGACGCUCCGGAGCCCGGCGACCCAGCUACCGCGCCCCACGAACAGCACAUAUCUGAGUGAGAAGUCCCUCCAGUUGACAGAAACAUGCAAAAGACUACAAGACGGCUUUCAGACUUUAUCUAGCAAACUAAAAAGGUAUUUAGAGAGUGACUAUCUUCAGAUUAUCAGAAAUAUACAGAGCUGUCCAUGGAAACGACGAGAAGAAGAAUAUGAGAAUUUUAGAGCAAAACUUGCUUCCUGUUGUGAUGCUGCUCAAAACUUCAUUGUUUCUCAGAACAACACUCCAGCUGGGACCAACAUGAGCUACGAGGUGGAAAGCAAAAACGAAAUCCUAAUUAGAGAGAAUAUUUUUAAUAUGUUUCCAGUGUCUCAGCCCUUCAUGGAGUACCCGUACAGUCAGUGCGCAGUGGUUGGAAACGGGGGAAUUCUGAAUAAGUCUCUUUGUGGAGCUGAAAUAGACAAAUCCGACUUCGUUUUUAGGUGUAACCUUCCUCCAAUUACAGGAAAUGUGAGUAAAGAUGUUGGCAGUAAAACCAAUGUCGUGACUGUAAAUCCCAGUAUCAUAAAACUAAAAUAUGGGAACUUAAAGAAAAAGAAAGAAAUAUUUCUGGAGGACAUUGCGACCUAUGGAGAUGCGUUCCUUCUUCUUCCAGCGUUUUCUUUCAGGGCCAACACGAUUGCCUCUUUCAAAGUGUAUGACACCCUAAAGGAGUCUCAAGCAAGACAGAAGGUUAUAUUUUUCCAUCCCAAAUACCUGAGAAAUCUUGCCCUUUUCUGGAGAACUGAAGGUGUGACGGAGUUUCGCCUGUCCUCUGGCUUGAUGAUCACAAGUGUGGCAGUUGAACUGUGUGAGCACGUGAAGCUGUAUGGAUUUUGGCCCUUUUCUAGAACAAUUAAAGACACACCUGUCAGCCAUCACUACUAUGACAACAACUUACCCAAACGUGGUUUCCAUGAGAUGCCUAAAGAAUAUAGACAAAUUCUUCAACUUCACUUGAAAGGAAUCCUCAAAUUACAAUUUAGCAAAUGUGAAAGAGCCUAA